AUGGCAACCUUUUCUGCAAAAUCCAAUAAGAGAUCCAUCAGUUUGCCAAGCAGAUCACAUCCAGCUACUGAGAGAAUUGAAGAGGAGCUCAACAAACUCAAGACUUGGGAAUUCUCAGCUUCACAAACUGCAGAAGCUGUUUACAAUGGUCUAGUUGGCUUAUGUGAGGUGCAUAAUUGUAUGGGUGAUCUUUUAAACUUGCCCCUUACCCUUCAAGCACUUUCCCAAUGCCGAGAUAAGAAAUGGGUAGAUGAGAUCUUGGAUAAAUAUGUGAGAUUUCUUGACAUUUGUGGGACAACAAGGGAGCUUGUGUCACAGUUUAAAGAAAAUGUUAAAGAUGUUCAGUCUUCACUGAGGAGGAGAAAGGGAGAUUUGAGCAUCACUAUCUACACCUCGUUCAGGAAGAAGAUGAAAAAAGAUGCCAGAAACUUAGUUACAGAUUUGAAGAAAAUGGAUCUUGAUGAGGUAGUUGCAGUAAUGGAAGUUGAUCAACUUGUCUCAGCUGUUAUCAGAGUCCUAAGAGAAGUCAGUACAAUGGGAAUUUCAGUUUUCCAAAUGGUUUUGGUUUUCUUGUCAGCCCCAAUUUCUAAGCCAACAAGCAAAUGGUCUUUAGUUUCAAGAUUUGUGAACAAGGGAUCUGAAAACAAUGUAAAUGAAAUAGAAAGUGUUGAUGUUGCAUUAAGCAGUCUUUCCAAGUGUGGUUCUAAUGAAGUGGAGAAGAUCCAAUUUGUGCAGAGCAAAUUAGAAAUUGUGGAAUCUCAUUUUGAAUGCAUUGAGAAUGGUCUUGACAACAUCUUUAGAUGUUUGAUCAGAUCAAGGAGCACACUAUUGAAUGUUGUCUCUUGCCAAUGA